UGCAGUGAGCUGACCCGAGGGGGACGGUGGAGCACUGGCUGGGCUGGGUUGUGGCCUGGUGGCACCCUGCUAAGGACGCUGCAACCCCUGGGGCUGUCCAUCCAAGCUGCCCUCCCCUCACCCAGCCGAGGCCGCUGCCGCUGCCCAGGGCACCGCCCACUGGGGUCCCAGAGUCUCUGACAACCGGGUCAAACUUUGCCCGCCGCCAGGAUCCCCGGCUGGGAUGCACUUCAGCACUGUCACCAGGGACAUGGAAGCCUUCACGGCCAGCAGCCUGAGCAGCCUGGGGGCCGCGGCGGGGGGCUUCCCGGGCGCCGCGUCGCCGGGCGCCGACCCGUACGGCCCUCGCGAGCCGCCGCCACCGCCGCGCUACGACCCGUGCGCCGCCGCCGCCUCUGCUGCCGCCGCCGCUGCCGCCGCCGCCCCCGGCGCCCCGGGUCCGCCGCCGCCGCCGCGUGCCUACCCGUUCGCGCCGGCCGCCGGGGCCGCCACCGAGCCCGAGGACCCCGCGGCUAGUUGCGCGGCCGCCGCCAAGGCGCCGGUGAAGAAGAACGCCAAGGUGGCCAGCGUGAGCGUGCAGCUGGAAAUGAAGGCGCUCUGGGACGAGUUCAAUCAGCUGGGCACCGAGAUGAUCGUCACCAAGGCCGGCAGGCGGAUGUUCCCCACCUUCCAAGUGAAACUCUUCGGUAUGGACCCCAUGGCGGACUACAUGCUGCUUAUGGAUUUUGUGCCGGUGGACGACAAACGUUACCGGUAUGCCUUCCACAGCUCUUCCUGGCUGGUGGCUGGCAAGGCGGACCCGGCCACACCGGGACGGGUGCACUACCACCCCGACUCGCCAGCCAAGGGCGCGCAGUGGAUGAAGCAAAUCGUGUCUUUCGACAAGCUCAAGCUGACCAACAACUUGCUGGACGACAAUGGCCACAUUAUUCUCAAUUCAAUGCACCGAUAUCAGCCUCGCUUCCACGUGGUCUACGUGGAUCCGCGCAAAGACAGCGAGAAAUACGCGGAAGAGAACUUCAAAACCUUUGUAUUCGAAGAGACUCGCUUCACCGCGGUCACCGCCUACCAGAAUCACCGGAUCACGCAGCUCAAGAUCGCCAGCAACCCCUUCGCCAAAGGAUUCCGCGACUGUGACCCGGAGGACUGGCCCCGGAACCACCGGCCCGGCGCGCUGCCGCUCAUGAGCGCCUUCGCGCGCUCGCGGAAUCCCGUGGCCUCCCCUACGCAGCCCAAUGGCUCGGAGAAAGACGCGGCGGCUGAGGCCCGGCGAGAGUUCGAGCGCGAUGCGGGCGGCCCGGCCGUGCUCGCCGACCCCGCGCACCCGCCACAGCUGCUGGCACGGGUGCUGAGCCCCGCGCUGCCCGGGGCCGGCAGCGCCGGCGGACUCGUCCCGCUGCCCGGCGGUCCCGGAAGCCGGCCCAGCCCCCCGCACCCGGAGCUGCGCCUGGAGGCACCCGGUGCGUCGGAGCCGCUACAUCACCAUCCGUACAAGUACCCGGCCGCCGCCUACGACCACUACCUCGGGGCCAAGAGUCGGCCAGCGCCCUAUCCGCUGCCCAGCCUGCGUGGCCACGGCUACCAUCCACAUGCACACGCACACCCGCACGCGCACCACCACCCCGCCGUGAGCCCGGCCGCGGCCGCAGCCGCCGCUGCUGCUGCUGCCGCCGCGGCCGCGAACAUGUACUCGUCGGCGGGGCCCGCGCCUCCCGGUCCCUAUGACUACUGCCCCAGAUAACCCGAACCCCGACGGCUGGUGGCGUGGGGCGGAGGCAAGAAAUGUGCGCCCCUGUUCGUCCCUGGCAGGGCCGCCUGGGGUCGCGCCCUCCCCAGCCUGGAGGCCCUUUGGCGGGCAGUGGCACGCGCGGGGGCGGGGGUCUCUCCUGUGCCCAGCGCCCUGCAGGGUCGUCGCAGCAGCAGCAGCCGGGCCCUGCGAGGUUUCUUGCCUCGAGGGCCACGUUGCGGGGAUUGGGUGGGGGUGCUUUCACGCCCGCCAGUGCCAAAGCGCCGGGAUGGCGCGGAGUGGGGGGGGGGAGACGGUCGGAGGCAGGAAGAAGUGGUAUUUAUUGUUAUCGGCGUGGCCGACCGAGUCUUCCCGGGCCGGCCGGCAUUUGCGGUGUAGACAAACCCGCGAGUCCCCGCCCACCUGCAGGCGGUGUAGAUAACGUGUAGAUAUGUGUAGAUACUGUAGAUAACCGCGCCGGCGCCUGCUUGAUAAACGGUUCCGCCUCUUGUGCAA